AUGGCAUUUACAAACCCCCCUGAGAGCUUGGAGGUGCCACUCUCCCAAGCUUUUGCCCUAUUGGCCACUGAAGAGUAUGCUGAUGUGUCUCUCAAAGGCACGGAUGGAGUGCUGGUUCCAGCAAAUCGAACAGCCUUGACUGUCCGGAGUGAAUACUUCAAGACCAUGUUCAAAAAGGGUGCAUUCAAGGAAGCCACUAAUGACUUGGUCCCCAUUGGAUUUUCUGGCAAUGUUCUCAAGGCAAUCGUGGAGUAUAUCCACACUGACAAAUCCACCAUGUUGGUUGAAUAUUCAGAGAUCGUCAUUGAAGACUCUUCUAAACUGUCCGCAGGUGACAUGGGACAAUUCCAGACCUUGGUAUCAUUGACAGAAGCAGCCAUCUAUGUUGGACUUCCAGGCCUCUGCAAACAGGCUCAGAAUUGUCUUGGAAUUUUCAUGAAUGUAAUGCCAUCUGCAGCAUUUCCCCUGCUUGUAGCAUCCAAACAAGAGGGACCUGUGAUUUCACAGGAGUUGGAGGGUCAGGCCUGGAAGAUUUACAAUAAUGCAACGAACAUAGUGCAAAACGAAGGUCUACUAGGGAACACUUCAGGCAGUGUUGUAUCUGCUAUCCUCCAAGAUGCCAAGGGAAAGGUCAACAAUGCAGGGAUGUUCAAUCUGAUACAUUCAUGGUCCAAAAGUGAGCCAUCUGUUCCAGGUGAACCCAAAGAAAGCCGCAAUGAUACUGCCAAGGCUUUGAUACAAGAUUUUGUGGAACUGGAGUUUAUUGAUCCUGAAGAGUUGUCUUCCCUGGUUGAAACAUCCGGUUUGGUGACAAAGGACCAACUAUUUGACACCUACAAAAAACUAGCAAUGAAAGCAAAGCCCAUCAUAUCUUCUCACCAGUCUCAUUCCUCUCAGGUUGGCUCCAUCGAGUGGAAGAGAACCAAAUCAAAAACUCUCACUGCUGUGAGUGACUGGAAAAGUGACUCCCUCAAUGGAGUUGUUUUUCAAUUGGGUGGAACAUAUCGUUGGGCUAUCACAACAGGACCUGUCAGAGAUAUAGGUGUUUGGAUCGGUGUGGUUAAAUCUACAGAUUGUCUCGACCCAAAUAGAUUUUGUGGCAAUCAACAACAUUGCUGGGGUGUCUAUGGGCGCCAUGGAAGUGUCUAUUCCUGUGGACAAGAAGUUUGUGGACCAUCAGCUGCAGAUAUCAAGUUUGGUGCUGGAUCAACUGUCACAAUGACUCUUGAUUUGUCAGGGGAUAGCACAAACAACGGAACAUUGUCAAUCUCUGUCAAUGAUCAGCAGGCUGUGCCAGUCUUUUCAAACUUGAAAGCCCGCCUUGCUUGGAUUAUGGAUGGUUUUGUUCCAGCUGUAUCAUGCUGGAAGGCAAGUGCCACAAUUGGCGAUGUUCAGAGGCUGUAG